AUGUCUUCCACAAAAGCCGUCUGUUCGGCCAAAGUCAUUGGUUCAAUGGAGUCAUCUUGCACUUUCGAGCCCCUGGUCCGCAACGGCACCGCAAAUAAGUCCAUGGCCGGCGUGGAAAAGUGCAAAGCCUUGGCUAGAACCAUCAAGGCUCAAAGGACUCCGCCGUGGCCGACCAUGCCGACUCGUCACCUACCCCCAAGGGAAAUUGCCGACCAACUCGUCGACUGUUAUCUCAGGACUUUUGAGUCCUUGUACAGGGUCCUGCACAUCCCCACCUUCAAAAGAGACUAUGAGGCGCUCUGGCAAGCAGUGUCGGCACAAUCGCAUCCGAAUCAACAGCUGCAGCAUGUCGACAUGGCCUUCCUGGUCCAAGUCAAGCUCGUGCUUGCCAUUGGCGCCACCGUUUACGACCAAGACUUUUCUCUCCGCCCCUCUGCCAUCCGCUGGGUGUAUGAAGCGCUCACGUUCACCUCGGAACCAGAGUUCAAGUCCCGAUUGAACAUCAAGUGCCUACAAACUGAUAUCCUGCUAUUGCUAGCACGUGAAACGGCCGGUUUAGGUGGAAAUUUGACCUGGAUCUCGGCGGGUUCCUUACUGAGGACGGCGGUGUACAUGGGAUUGCACAGAGACCCGGCGCACCUCCUAAAGAGGACAGUCUUCGCCGCCGAAAUGCACCGGCGGCUGUGGAAUACCGUGCUCGAGCUGACAGUCUCGUGUAGUAUGAAUGCCGGAGCACCGCCGCAGAUAUCGCUCGAUGACUAUGACACAGAGCCGCCGGGUAACUUCCACGAUGAGCAGCUUGUGGAAACUCGUGCAGACGAUGGAAGCGAUCAUUCACCCGCAGUGGCGCAACCGGAAACUGAGUUUACGCAAACGUCCGUUGCAAUUGCCAUGCGAAAGAUUCUUCCCAUCAGGCUUGCGAUCGCCAAAUUUCUGAACGACCUCGGAUCGACUUGUCGCCAGGGUGAUAUGGCAUCUGCAUAUCAUGAAUCAUUGAGACUCGAUGCGGAUCUGAGAGCAGCGUAUCGAACUCUUACUCGAACCUUUCAAGUGCUUUCUCGCAACUUGAACGAGGUUUGCUGGCCGGGGUCAUCGUCAUCCGCUCUGCUCUUUCCGUCUAAAUUCAUCGAUCUCGUCAUCAACCGUGAACUCUCCGCCCUUCACAUUCCCUUCUACAGCGCCGCCCUCCACGAAGCUGCCUACGCCUUCUCGCGAAAGGUCGUCGUGGAGUCCUGUUUCAAGAUCUGGCGUGCCAUCAACCCUUGGCCAACCUCCCCUUCCUCAUCGGAUGCCACCAAGCAAGAUACCAACCCCCAGGGAGCUGCCAACCAAGACAUUUGCCGCCUGGCUUCUCACGGGGCCGGCUUCUGCCGGAACGCAGGGAUUCAGGUAAGCAUGCUCCUCCUCGGCGAGCUGCGCGCUCAGCUCAGAGAAGAAGCCGAAACAAGUCUCGCUCCAGUAAAUCGAUCACUGCUGCGACCAGACCUGCUGGCUAUGGUGACCGAGGCCAAGGACUGGACCAUGCGCAGCAUCAAGGUGGGCGAGACCAACAUGAAGGGACUCCUGUUUGCUAGUAUGGUGUCGGCGCAGAUUGAAGGUAUGAUGAAAGGCCUGGAAGGGGACGAAGCACUUGCGCAGGUACUGGUCAAGGCGGCAGAUGAGGUUGUGGAUAAGUGUGUGCCGCUUCUGGAGGAGAUGUUGGAGAGGGAGACGAGGAUAAGGAUGGCGAGCGGUGGAGAGACCGAUUCUGGGCAAAAGCAAGGGUUUGGAUGGGGACAGGGAGAGGCAGGAGGGGGGAUGGAAUCACAACAACAACAACGACAAAAACAACAACAAAUUGAAACAGGCGAGGUAGCAGCCACAUAUGAAACAGAAACGCCGCUGGGGAUGAUGGGUGACUGGGAUAUGUCGCUGUUGGAUGUCCAACACAUUGGCGACUUUGGGAAUAUGCCCGAACUAAUGAGUUGGGCGCUUGCCGGAGCCACAUCUUGUGGCACAGGCGGCUCAUUCGUAUGGUAA